CAUGUUGGGCUUCUCCAAAGCCCAAUACUUUCUUCUUCCGCUUUGGCUUCUCCUUGUUCUUGUUCUGCGAAACAAUUAGGUUUUGUUUUACUCUGACAGUAACCAUUUUUCAAUCUCAGUGAUUAACCAGAACACAAAAAAUGUCUCUGAUGCAACGUUACGGUAAAUGCAAAAGCGUGGUGAAGCGAUCAAAAAAGUACUUAGACGAAGCGCUUUAUCUCAAGCUUUUCAAAGAUGGCGGGUCUGAACUCAACGUUCGUCAGCAACUUAAUCAAUUCAUCAAGAGUGGAAAGCGCGUUUACAAAUGGGAAGUUGGUGAUACUCUCAAAAAGCUUCGCCAACGUAAACUCUAUCAACCUGCUCUUAAGUUAUCAGAAACAAUGGCUAAGAGGAGCAUGAUUAAGACUGUCAGUGACCAAGCUAUACAUAUUGAUUUGAUUGCAAAAGCUAGAGGUAUUGUUGCUGCUGAAAAAUACUUUGUUGAUCUCCCCGAGUCUGUGAAAAAUCAUCUGACUUAUGGUGCACUUCUCAACUGCUACUGCAAGGAAUCAAUGACUGAUAAAGCUGAAGGCGUCAUCGAAAAAAUGAAGGAUCUUGACCUUCCUUUGAGUUCAAUGUCUUAUAACAGUCUUAUGACUCUUUAUACUAAAGUAGGUCAACCGGAAAAGAUUCCAUCCAUCAUUCAAGAAAUGAAGGCUAGCAGUAUUAUGCCGGAUGCUUACACAUAUAAUGCCUGGAUGAGAGCUCUUGCUGCUGUUAAUGAUAUUUAUGGUGUUGAAAGGGUUACUGAUGAGAUGAAGAGGGAUGGUCGAGUAACUGGAGAUUGGACAACGUACAGCAACCUUGCAUCUAUUUAUGUUGAUGCUGGUUUGUUUGAUAAGGCAGAAGGUGCACUUAAGGAAUUGGAGAAGAGGAAUGCUUACAAAAAUCUUUCUGCUUACCAGUUUCUUAUUACAUUGUAUGGGCGAAUAGGCAAAGUAUACGAUGUUUAUAGGGUCUGGCGUUCUCUUAGGUUGGCAUUUCCUAAAACUGCAAACAUAAGCUAUCUGAAUAUGAUUCAGGUUUUGGUUAACUUGAAAGAUCUCCCGGGAGCUGAAAAAUGUUUCCGUGAGUGGGAAUCGAGCUGCACUACUUAUGAUAUUCGAGUUGCAAAUGUUCUGAUUGGGGCAUAUGCAAAACUAGAUAUGCUGGAGAAGGCCGAAGAGCUAAAGGAGCGUGCUCGAAGGAGGGGUGCCAAGCCUAAUGCUAAAACGUGGGAAAUAUUUUUGGAUUACCAUUUGCAAAAAGGAGACAUUAAGUUGGCUGUGGAAUGUUUAUCCGAAGCAAUAUCAAUUGGUAGAGGGAAUGGUGAGAAGUGGAUUCCAUCAUCUGAGACAAUCGAUGUUGUGAUGAAGCACUAUGAACAAGAGAAGGAUGUUGAUGGUGCAGAAGAAUUUAUAGAGAUCUUGAAGAAAUCUGUGGAUUCUCUAGGAGCAGAGGUGUUUGAAUCAUUGAUUAGAACUUAUGCAGCUGCUGGUAGGACUAGUGCUGCUAUACAACGACGAUUGAAGAUGGAGAAUGUGAAUGUGAAUGAAGAUUCCCAGAAGUUACUGGAGGCUAUCUCUGUGGAGUAAUUCAUGGUACUUUUAUCCUUCAAGUUUUGAUUGCUGUAAAUUGAGAGAUUUUGUUCAUUCUGCAGAUUCUGCGCCAGGCAAUAAAAUUUGGUAUUUCAAUUUAAACAUUUUGAUGUGGCGCUUGCUCUAGAGUGUAGACUAUUGACAAUCUCUUAUUUUAUUGUUGAAUUAUGAAAUACUUUGGUUGCAUGAUCAAGUGGGUUAGGGGAUCUAACAAGUAACAUCCGAGUAUAAAUGUUUUCUGUGGAGAUGACAACAUCUGCAAAUAAAAUUCUCAUGAAUUUAAGGGUCUGUUUCAUAUUUUAAA